CUCCGUCAACACGAGAGUUCACAUCGUCUGCUCUUCUUGAUGUUCACAACGUUUUGCCUUCGUUUUAGAAGUUAACGCUGGAAAAAAUCGUUUGCAUCCAGUCCAGCCACGGGGGUGUAUAAUACAAGUUCGUGCUCCUUGGUUGGUUGGUUUAUUGAUGUGAUUUCGCACUAAGAGAGGGAGAGGAAACCGGAAAAAAAAACCAACCCGAAACUUUCCAAAAUCACUUGACUCAAUGCCAUAAAAGUAGUGAAUCACAAGCUACACUACUCCAAAUCAUGUCAUCCCACUCCGCAUUACCCCUGUGAACAAUGGCACAAAUUAAAUGUGCUCGAUACUAAAAUCACCGACAAAACUUAAUAAGAGUUAUGCGAUUUACAUUUCCCAUUAAUAUGGCGGGUGGCCAGACCGGUAAAUUUAAAUCAUUUUUCCCACUGUUUCUUUUUCAAUAAUCUAUCUCAUUUUUCCAUAGCACAUGAAGUGUACAUUUUACAAUGACGCUUUAUGUUCAACCUCCACGUGGCUUUAUUUCAUGGCAAAAACUAGAAAACUUUGCCUUGACGAGGCUUGAAUUUUUGUUGAAAGUCGACUCUACUCAAGGGGAUAUACGUCGUCUGCAUCAGUUGUUCUGUGAAGCAUCUGUAGUCCAGAAUAGUGACUGCCUUAUUCCGGGUUCAGUUAACGAUAAGGUAUCGCACUUCAUUGUAAGGCUACUUGUUGGAGGAGAUCCAGAAAUGUCCUCCUUUUUCUGUAGAGCAGAGACUGCACUCUUUGACUAUUGGUUUUCCAGCAUGAGUGAGGAAGAGUUAAAUAUGUUCCUAAAUGAAGCCUGCAGCAUUAUGAGAAAAGACUGCAAAAGAAUACUUGCUUGUCCAUCAGAUUUUCAAGGAGAUAGGAGCAGUAUACUUUCUGUUUUUAGCAGCAUCAAACACUCAGCUGGAAGCUUGAAAAGUGUUAUAAAAUCUUACUUGGUGCAGUCUACAGAAAUGUCUAUCUUACUACCCUUCCAGUCUGUGACUAGACUGUUGAAGAAGAGGCUAGUUAUCCUAGAAAAAGGCAUGGCAAAAGUGGCAUCCUGUAGGCUACCUGAUGUGAUGGUGGAACAGUUCUACGCACUGAUGAAGAUUUCUACCAAACAAGCAAAGCAGGCACACAUUUCUGCUAUUAAGGAUGACAGAAUGAGAAUUCUCUGGAUAAAGCUGAAGCACAUAUACAGGAGUAAGCAUCCAACAUCUGGCAAGCAUUUUUAUACACGCCAUUUGUCACUAUCGGAUAUUGACGCCAUGUCUUUUACCUAUCCUUUGUGCAUGAAAAGCCUUCUGACUUCACUGAGGGAAAAGCAUCGUCUUCAGCACAGUGCACGUAUUCAGCUGACCUUAUUCCUAAAAGAGAUGGGUCUUCCCAUUCACCAUGCCCUAGCUAUGUGGCAGCAGGAGUACAGUCAGGAUCCAGGUGCUGGCAGUAAAGGGGGCCAUGCAUGGCAGACCAAUUAUAAGCGCUAUAUCUACAACAUUCGGCAUCUCUAUGGUCUGGAAGGAGCUAGACGAAACUAUCAAGCUCACUGCUGCGCUGCCUUGCAGCAAAGAUUGCUAAGCUGCAAUGAUGAAGGAGGCUGUCCAUUUUCUCACUGGGAUGACAAGCAUCUGUCAGCAGAAUUGAAUAAUCUAGGAAUGCAGGACACUGAAAUCACCCAAGUGUUAGAACUGCGAAAAACUAGAGAAACCUUGGCUGCUUGCUCCUUCUGCCUGCAAUUUACUGUUGCAAAGAGAAGUAGACAGUUGCUAAUCAACUCUAAUAUUCAGCUCAUAGACAAAAAAGAAAAGGCCAUGACUGGAGACAAAGAGACAUUACUUGUUGCUAACCAUGCACAAUCUGAAAGGACAGGGGUAGAGCACCUUGAAAGUGAUCACACUCUAUCUAAAGCAGAUGUUGAUGACUCAGGGAAGAAUGCUGAAGGGGAAGAACAGAUUAAGAUCAGCAACGCUGCUUCAAGACUGAUAAGUAACUGUAAGAGAAAAAGUGGUCUAAAUUGUGAGCCUGCCUGCACAGGCCCAAAAAGGGCCGUAAGUACAAUUCAUUGCAGCAGAUUACCUGUUGAAAACAAGAAUUUUGGUGGUACCUUCAUGCAGAUUUUAGAUCAACAAAGUCUGCCAUUAAAGAAUAGUCAAGCAUGUGAACCCAGAUUUCCUCAUGUGUGCCUAAAUUCCUGCUGUGUCACUACCAGUAACUUGGAUGCAAGUAAAAAUAAUCGCCUCUUUCCAUCUGAUUACUGUGAGACACAACAGAAAUUUUACAUUAAAAGUUGUACAGACUGCGAUGGCAAUGCUGCACGUGAACAUAAUAUACAAGGCACGCAAGAAGCACACACAAUGGAAAGUAUUUUUUUCCCUAGCAUCUCUCCUACUAGCUGCUUUGAGCACCAGCCUUCUUGCCCUGAAAGUAGAGCCCCUUAUGAAGGAACUUCAUCAUCACCUGCAAUUAUUAGAAAGCCAGUUGACUACUUCCAUAUCUGCUACAGCAGACUCCUGCAUGGGGUGUCAUCUUGAUGCAACAAAAAUCUGAUCUAAAUGGUCAACUGUAAUAAACUAUUGAAUAUGCAAGGUGA